GGACCUUCCUUCGUUCUAUCACUCUGCUUCUUUUUCUCUGCAAUCGCUAUCAUCGCCUACAACAUUAGAACGGUGGGGGUUAACAACCAGAAGAACCGGCGACCGGUUUUCCUUCAACCUGCGUGUAAAAGACAAAGAAUAUUGGAGACAAAGCCCAUAGCUUCACCAGUCAAAGUUUCUUCUAAUAAACUCAAUCCAAUUGACCUAAAUCUUGUCACCACUGCUGCCAACAUGUCGGUAUCUGUAGUCAACCCCCAGACUGUAUAUCAAGUUGGAGAAACGCUUUCACUGAAAAUCGUGGCUCGAGAUGCAAACGGACGGCCGAAAUCGCACGGAGAAGAUUUCCUUUUGACAAAGCUUCACACAGAAUCUCCGACAGAGGCCUGUACGUCUGGUAAGAUAACAGACCACGGAGAUGGUACUUACGUAGCCACGUUUCUUCUACCCUUGUCUGGAAGUUUUUCUGUGUCAGUCAUACUGAUACACCCAAGCGAAGCAAUCCAACUCCUAAAAAGGAUCCAUGACAUCUAUUCGGACAGACGCAACACCUGGUGUCAGUUUUACGAUCGGAAAGCCAAAAUUAAGGAAUGGACGAGAUGUAUCUUUUACCCAAACUACAAGGUUGACCCUGAAGAGGUGUGUGAUUUUUCUAAGCCGGCCCCAAAUGCUACCUGGUACUGCGGAAAGCCAAAAGGGAUCGCCUGCGAGACAAUCAUGAAAUGCAAAAACAAUAAAACGGCCGACCAUGCCCUCGUGGAUUCGGGCAAGUUGGUUUCCCCAGACGAGGCUCAACUGUUCAACAUAUCUCGGGUAAAUAAGGAAAUUCCAAAUAACAUCAGGAUUACUAUUAAAAACAAAGGUAGCCAGUAUGGACCCCGGAAACUGGAAGGACUUCCCUUGCCAACCUGCGGCCCUCAUCUACCGAAGACCAAAUCUGAGGGAUACUGGUACAACAAAACCUGGACUUCUCUCAGGUGCCAGGCAUCACAUUUCUCCUCCUCACCGUCAACCUACAGAUGUAUGGAGAACAAAACCUUCUACGUAUUUGGCGAUUCCACAGCACGACAAUACAGAGACUAUCUAAACAAAUUAGUCGACAAAAUGAAUGUCCAGUUGCCCAAUGAUGUGAAGGAAACAGAAGACAUUCAUGACAGUAUAAAGGUUAAUUUCACACUGCAUAACUAUCCUCGUACACAUCCUACAAGAAACGCUAUGAGCGAAAAGUAUGCUGUAGAUAUAAUUGACGGACUUGUGGGUGGGCCAGAUGUGGUCAUCAUUUUUGGCAUAUGGGCACACUACGCUGCUGUACACAUAGAGACGUUUCGUGCACGUGUGUACGGAAUUCGUAACGCCGUCGAACGUUUACACGCCAAAUACCCUGAAACGAAGGUCAUAUGGCGAACCAGUAACAUGCGGGAGCACGAGUCAUUGUUGUACUAUCUAUUCUACAAUAAUUGGUAUGCGUAUCAAAUAAUGCUUGAAGCCAAGCGUAUUCUUGGCGGUCUGAACAUCUACGUUAUGGAUGUUUGGGAGAUGUCGGUGUGUACUGGGUACGAAUUACAUCCAGUUCCUAAUGUAAUAAAGAACCAUUUCGAUUUAGUGUUUUCCUACAUAUGCCGGGAGUGACGGGAAGAGAUAUACCAGUCAGUUAAACUACCAUCUAUAUUCACUUUAUUACAUUGACUACCCUACAUGUAAAUGUGGUUAUCAUAGUGAAACACUACUUUUCGUUUUGGUUUUGGUUUUUUGGUUUACGCACCUUGUAAUUAUGCAUGUAUUUUGUAAAUGUAUUUUACACUCGCUUUAUGUUUUUGAGCAGGUGUUAUAUAAGCAACUUGUGCUUUUCCCAAUACUCAAUAAACAUAUUCGAAUAAAAUAAAAUAAAGAAUACAAAUAGAAGCUUUUAGAUCAGGAAAAUGUCGCCUUUUGCUAGAUGAAUACAUCUUUGGGGUAAACCUGCAAGUAGAGCACUGAGAAGAGAACAACAAUAUGGUUGUUAAUAUAAAUAACUAAAUAAACAAAUA